ACCUCUCACAUAAGCUGUGUUUCUACAUCUGAGAUAGCACACGACAAACAAAGUCUUAACUGAUAGAGGGUCCGAUUCAAAACGAGAUUUGUUUUUGUUAAAAGUUUGCUCUUCUACCGCUUCUUUUCCGCAUUUACAUCACCGUUAGCACCGAACCCCGCGUCGCUGCCCCUCCACUACCAUGACAGUGGUCACACAAUGGAUUCUCGACACACGGCCUCUUUGGCCCGGGGCGUCUAAAACAAAAGACCUAGAAAUAAUCGCUGGCCGUGCAAUGGCCCUCCUCACAGACGACGAACAGGCCGCCGUGCUGCGCUACUACCAGCUCAAAGACGCCAAAAUGGCGCUCUGCUCCGCUCUACUGAAACGCUUCAUCAUGGCAAAGCAUCUCGCAGGAAAGCAUGGUCUCGGCUGGGAAACAUGCAAGGCCACGCGGGACGAGCACACAAAGCCCGUCUUCUACCUCCCCGGGUCCAAAGAGCAACCAGUACUAUUUAACGUAUCGCAUCAGGCAGGCCUAGUGAUUCUCUUUGCAACGCUCGAUGCGCCAGCAGGUACACAGAUUGGCGUAGAUGUCGUAUGCCCAGGCGAGCGAAGGAGACGAGACAUUGAGAGCAUCAGGACAGAAGGAUGGCCCGAGUACGUACGAGUACACGAUUCAGUCUUCUCACCGGGCGAAGCGAGCCGGUUGACUGCGGUACAGGGCAGCGUGGACGAGAAGCUAGGCUACUUUUAUGCGUUGUGGUGCAUCCGCGAGGCAUAUGUCAAGAUGACGGGCGAGGCGCUGCUCGCAAGUUGGCUGAAGGAGCUGGAUGUUCGAGGGUUCGCGGCGCCAGGAGUGCCAGGUAUUGGCGAACCUGGCUGCGAAAAGGGCGGCGCAUUGGAAGUUUGGUUCAAAGGCAGCAAAGUGAACGACGCAGAAGUCAAGAUGGAGUGGGAAUUUGGCAAGCAGUUUAUGGUCUGCACGGCUGUAAGAAGGGCAGGCGAGGGCAUCACAGUGGGCAAGUUUGAGAAUAUAUCGCUUGACACGAUUCUCGAAGAGGCCGAGAGAAUACGCACAGCCCAUCCCUAACAAGACAUUGCACAGCAUAAAGAAAGAGCCAAAGUUAGGAUUAGAUGAUGAUCACUAUUUUUAUUUUAUAUUACCAUACUGUCGUUACCUUUUGUGAAUGUCUUCUUUACAAGUUAUCAGCAAAGAACUUGAGCAGGGUCGAGUAGCCACGCUCGUACUCGGCCUUGACUCUAUCAUCAGACAAGUCCGAGCGGGCGCCCAUCCAUCCGUGGAUCUGGUCGUCGAAGCGCUCGACGUGCUUGGUUCCAGUAAGGGCCUCCUCAAACUUCUUGACGUCCUCGGCAGGCUCGUCGCCCGAAGCCAGCAGGAUCAUGGGCACAGUGAUGCCCUCGGCGUCCUUGGGGUCGAUCAUGGCGGGGUGGACGGCGGCCAGAACACUGAAGGGGUUGGUGAGCUGGUUGGCGACGAGGGAGACGACCUUGCCGCCCCAGCAGAGCUGCGUGUUUCCCCAUGUUAGUUUACUGUUGAUUUCUACUAAUGUCAUUUCGUCCUUCCAUUAUGACAAUGGAAGAAGGAUUGCUGACAAGGAGGAUGGGGCAAGGAUACUUACACCAAGGAUAGCAAAGCGGUUAAUCUGGGGGGAAGCCGUCUUAAUAGCAUUGGCAUACAGAGGCAGAGCAUCCGCAACGCCCUGGGGUGGGUUGUUGCCAAAGAAGGCCGUCAAGUUGCUCUUCUUGGCAUCGUCGGUAGGAGGGUACCAGUCAAUCUUGGCCGGGUUGCCCUUGAACCAGUCGGGCAUGUAGACGCGGUACUUGUGCUUGUCGUCGCCGUAGGCGAGCAGGUCGGCGCCCUGGAUGGUCUGGUCAAAGUAGCCAAAGAUGUCGUAGACGACAAUGAUGGCGUGCUCGGCGUCCUCGGGGCCCGUGACGUACGUCUUGUAGUCGCCAAUGGUCUCGUAGGUGCCCUUGGCCUCGUAGCCCUCGCUGACAAUGGGGGCGAGGUUGCAGCAGGCGGCGCUGUGGCCAGAGGUGGCUUC